AUGUUAUCUCAUCUCUUAUUAAAAGCUGAAGCGGAUAACAUGAUUCAGGGGUUUAAGCUAAAGAGUAAUAGUCCUUCCAUUUCUCACUUAUUCUUCGCUGAUGAUUGGAUGUUAUUUUCAAGAGCAUCCCUUUCUUAUGCUACACACCUUAUGAAGAUUAUUGGCAAUUUCUCAAAAGCCUCAGGUCAAGCAAUAAACUUUGAAAAGUCUGGGUUUUUUACUAGUGCAAAGAUGCAUCAUAAACAUGUUAAAUUGUUGUCUAAAACUCUAGGAAUCAAAUGCUUGAGUAGUAUUGAAAAAUACUUAGAUAAGUACUUCUCAAAUCAGAAUUUACUGGAAAUUGAUAAAGCUGCUGAUACGUCUUCUUGGUUUUGGAAAGGUACAGUAAAUAGUUUAGCUUUCUUAAGGUCUAACAUUGUGAUGAAAAUAAAUGAUGGUACUGGUACAAAAAUCUGGACUUCUAACUGGUUGCCCUUCAGUAAUGCUCCACCAAUGUCGAAUAAUCCAGAUCAUAUCAAUUUUACUUUGGUUAGUGAGUUAAUCAACAAUGAGAAUAACACUUGGGAUUUAGAUUUAUUGCAAUCCUUGUUUGUUCUUGAAGAUGUUAAAAAGAUUAGUUCUUUAAGGAUAAAUACUAAUAAGAAAGAUGAAUUAAAAUGGGUUCAUACUAGAAGUGGGAAUUUUACUAUUAAAUCUACUUAUAAUGUGUAUAUGAAUAUUUCUAGAUCAGUAGAGGAUACUUAUUUUUGGAAGAAAGUUUGGUCUCUUGAUUGUCUACCUAAAAUCAAAUACUUCAUGUGGAAAAUUUCUGCAGAAAUGUUGCAUGUUAAUUGCCUGUUGAAGUUGUACAAUGAGUAUAUUGAUGAUUGUUGUCCCUUAUGCAAGAAUGAAAGAAAAAAUGUGAUGCAUUUGUUUUUCAGAUGUCCUAUUGCUUCUCAUAUUUGGUUUGCUUUAUCAAUACAACAUAUGGUAGCUUCUGGGACUAAUUACAUUGAAGAUAUUUUUCUGUUGUGGUUUGAUAAUUCUUUUGGAAAGUCUCCCUUUGUGGUUAACUGGCCAAGCAUUGGGACUAUAGUUAUGUGGAGUAUAUGGAAAAUAAGAUGCGAGGUUGUUUUCAAAAAUGCUUCUAUCAAUCUGGAUAAAAUCAUCUUAGAUACCAAAAGACUUGUAAACACUUAUGUAGCUGCGCCAGAGACUAAGAAGUCUUCUAAUUUGAUUGCUAAAACUUCCAUUCAGAAUGUUGAUCACCUAAUGUUUUUAGAUGGUUCUUUUAAGGAUUUUAACAUGGGAGUUGGUGUUAUUCUGUGUGAUAUUGCAAGAACAGUAAGGGGAACGAAAGCAGACUUUGGCCUUAUCUCAGAUGCAGUUGGUGCUGAGGCAACUGCACUCAUUUUGGCUAUUGAUAAGCACAAAGUACGAGGAAACUUGAAUACCGGAACAAUAAUUGGCUCAAGGAAAGCAAAAAUGACAUUUGCUGCAGCAGAGUGGUUGUGUUGGUUGAUUGAGAGUUUACUGUCGUGGCGUAGGUGGUGUUCAGAUGGUCCGGUAUUGAUCUUGAUGCCGAGAACUGGAUGGGCUGUUGGUUUCAAGGAAGAUGGGUACUUACAGACUUUGGUGGUUUCUAUGAACUGA